UGGCGUUGCAUAAAAAGUGGUUCAGUGGAGCAAACGGCUUCAGACCGAAAGCAUCGCGUGCGCGACGAAAAGUGCCUUCAAUUUAUUGUAUAGACCUUAAUCGUAUACGGCGCGGAAGUGAAGUGUAGGCGUUCUGCGACGUAUACAUCAUAUUUGGAUUAUAUAUAUAUUUUAUUGCGGAUAUAAAUUGUUAUACUAAAUUUUGAAGAUGUCUCUCUAUCGUUUGAAGAUGGAUAUGCCUAAGAUGUUGCUGCUGCUUGUGGUCGUAGUGCAACCUCUGAGUGCUGAGCCCGCUGGCUAUCAUUAUGAUCGGCCGGGUCCCUCGCCACCCUCCUCCUACACGGGCCAUCAAUUUGCACCGUUGUCCACGGUCCAGCCGCUGCCACCGGUGCCGGCGCUGCCUUCACUGCCCACUGGACAUGGUUUCCAACAGCGAACUCCAACGCAGCCGGCGGGCAGCAUUUUGAGUCGCUUUCUGCCCGGCACACCAGCAGUAACUAAAAUUGUUAGCUAUCCGGCAUCAGCCGCGCCACAGACCUCCGUCACUUAUCAUGGUCAGCAGCCGACAGUGGUUAGGACGCCCAGCCAGCUGCAACAGCCCAUCAAUGUGCCCAGUGCUCCCGGCCAGCCGCAACUGCCUUUUAAUGUGCCCAGUGGUCCGGCUGCUCCACAGCCGCUGCGUAUUCCAUUUGGCAAAACGGCUCUCUUCUCGCCCGGGGAGUCCUAUGUGGACGCCUCUGGACGACAGCUGAAGCAGUAUGCGGUCAUCGAGAUAAUUGACAAUGAUAUCAGCGAGAGUCCGGCGCCGUUCCUUAAAUCCACUUUCUUUGAUCGCUAUCGUGCACACUUGGGUGCAAGUGGUAUUGGUGCCACUGCCUUCGCCGGCUCAGGUCCCGCCUCUAGUGCUGGUUCUGGUCGUCAACUGGACUCACGUGCGAAUGCUCUGGUCCUGGAGCAGCAGGCAUUGAGUCUGCAGCCGCGCCAACUCAAUCAGGGCCAGAGACAGGAAUCGGUUGCAUUGGGCUCAGGUGGCUUGGGAUACAUUCGUCUGCCCAAUGGCAAUGUGUACUUGGGCUCGGGCUCUCUGGGCUACAUCAGUGGCCAGCAACGUAUCGCCUCCGUUCGGGAAGCACGUACUCGAUCCGAGUUGACAUCAGAUGCGCUCCACUUUGGACAUGGACCGUUGGGUGGAGCGGGUAACUUUUUGAGAUUUAAAUGAGGAGAGAGAGAUAGAGAAAGCAACGAGUUCGGCUAUCAUUUUGUACAAUACACAUAUUUUAUUGUAAAUAUUUAAAUAAACCAAUAAAAUAAUGCAAUAAUUUUAUUGUGUAGUUUUUAAGCGUCUCAAAAUAUAUCCUUUUAUAUAUACAUAUGUACAUAAUUGCAAACAUUUGUAUGUUUUCCUAUGCGCACCGCUAAAAA